AUGACGUCAAAGGCCAAAAUCGCCGUAGUCGCAGGCCACCUCGCCGCAGCGUCUUACGUCCGCUACCUCAACCAAGCCAAUAUCCCGCAUACUAUCAUCUGGACGCAUGGUCAGCAGAGAUACCGCGACGAGCUCCCGUGUGCGUGGCUGGAAGAGGACAGUCCUGGCAGCGUCACUCGGUUGACCGUCGGCGCUCCGCACCCCGAAGCAUUCCAACGCAACCGCAGCGUGUAUCCCACCCCUACGCAGCGUGCCAUGGCAUUCAGGGAGCGAAUGCUCGACUAUGUCACUGACAAGUGGUACGGUGCGCCGCAUCUCUCAGCGUUCCUAUCGAGCGCGCAAUACUAUUUUAACGUCAACUCUGGAAUGAUACUACCCAUGCAUUUGUUGCAGGCAGUCUUGUCUAGCGAAGACCAUGCGCAAGACAUACGACUCGAGCAACCCAGCAAGAUGAGGAGCGCACUGAUGAAAAUCUUGAUCAAAAAGCACGACGAAGACAUCACCGAAGCGCAAGUCGACGCAAUCCGAAGCAUCAGGAUCGCGUGCAACGUCGACCCAGCGGGUGGCCCCAUACUAUGGGAGAGUCAGUACUCAAAGGAUAGAUACGAGGGCAUCUCACUUCCUGUCAACUCCCCCGCUCCCUCGAUCAUACGUCCGACAAUGCCACCAAAGAAAGGACAAGACAACAAGAAACCUGCUCGAAUACCUGCUCGAACACCGCGCCAGCAGAGCAACACAUUGACGACUACACCCUACAGCGUAUCAGCUCCGCCAACGCCUACCGAAGUUUACGACGAGGGAGAGAACGACUUCAGCAUCAAUGUCCAUGCCAGUCUCAUGGAAGACGACGAUAUCAGCAGCGCAGAUGAAGAUAUCGCAGCCAAUAUCCCACAGGGGUGUGCCAUUAGCGACAACGAUCUACUUGACGACCUGAGCCCCACCGACAUCGAGGCGCUUGUCCAGCGGCUUCUCCCUGGCAUUUGCCAGCAAGAUGUCCAAGACUUUUUAGCCCAGAUUACUACACACCAUUCGCCGCCCUUUACUAUACCACGCCACGAACGCGAACCUAGGAGCUGGCCCUCAACGUACGAAGAGUCGGACCUGUUGUGGGAAGAGGGAGCCAAGGCUGAGCGAGCAAUCAAGCUGCCUGUCGGGACCAAUAUGCCGAAGUGGUUGGACAUGGCAGAGGAUCAGCUAGAGAAGCUUCCGGCUGUCCUACGCAAUUACUGGUGGUGUGUCGCCCAGGAAUGGCUGGCAAGAUCGCAGGCUAAGAUCGCCCUACUUGUCGGAGCAGCUGCAGUCACUACCUAUCUGUCCUACCUAGACGCGAACCAUGUUCAGCACCAACAAAUAUGGUUGGCUGGUGGCAAAAAUGAGUACCAAUCAAGCAAGACGCCACCGUGUUGGAUCGAACACGACAAGGACAACAAUAUCAAGCGCAUCGCGUUCUCAGUCCCGCACCCGGAGUAUUUUAACCGCUACCGCGGCACUGUAGUCACUCAUACGAUGAGAGCCAAUGCGCUUAAAGAGCGUUGGAUUGACUACGCGAUGGUGAAGGUCUGGGGCACGGCACAUCUGCAAGGCUUCCUCAGCUCAACAAAGUACCGCUUUCAGACCACAACGGGUAUUAUUCUGCGCAUUUCUGACUUCGAGAACUACGGCGCAGACAACACCACACUUCGCACGAUUCUCAGUAUCCCCAACUUAAGCAAUGCCACUCUUAACGUCCUCCUUACCGGCUACAAGAAGAUAAGCAAAGAGGAGGUUGAAGGGAUCAAGGCGAUGCGGAAGACCAUGGAGGUCGAACUCACGGAGAAGCCAUCAUACUGGGAUAGAGCCGAAGUCAUCGACCGAUACGGCAAUCAUGCGUUGACUUUCAGAUUGAUCGCAGAGCGGCGGGAGGGGCCGAGGCAAUCUACCAAGCCCAAAUCGCAACCCCUUGCAUUAUCGCUACAUGAGAUUGAAGGAAACCCCUUCCUCACACGAUAUAACACCACGGUCGCGGACCUUCUCGCGAAGGAAGAGACCAAGAAGCAGAAAGCGCGCGAGCGGAGGAGGAAGAGGAGAGCAGUUGAGAUGGAGGGCGAGGACGAGUGGUGCGAAGGUGAUAAUUCAUAG